AUGUGCCAUGACAUUUUGCAGUGUCCGGUUAUUCGUAGAGCUCGAGAAGAAUGGGAAAACCAGAAGAGGAGAGAUGAGAAGCCGGAUGGAGGUUUGAUGAGUUACAAAGGAGUGGUCAUCAAUGGACCAAGUGGAGAGAAUGGCAAUGUGAGGAAUUCUCAUACCAACAGUGCCCGCGAUCUUAAGGGAAAAGGAAAGGCGCCUGAGACGAGGGAAGAGAGGGGAAAGAGGCCAGUGGUGUUCCGGGGAAAUGGGAAACACGGUGGGGAAAGCUCAGGGACACAAAACCUGCGCCAUAUAUCCCCCAAGACCAAAGGAAGAGGAUUAACAGACCAACUGCCUUCUAAGAAAGUGAGAAAGGCUAUCGAUUUUACAGCUGCGGUGGAGGGUUUAGAUGAGUCGGGUAACAAGAUCGAAGAAAUGGAAGGUGAGAAGGUCCGGGAAAACGAGAUUCCGGCUAUCUCAAUGAUCCCUGAUCCAACACUGCAAGAGGAGGGAGAAGAUGGUGAAAUCUGGUGGAAUGAAGUGAUUGAAGAGGAAGAAGCUGAGAAGAUAGCAUAG